GUGUGUGUGUGUUUUGUGUGUGUGUGCUUGUGUGUGUGUUUUGGGGUUUUUUGGAUGGUUACCUGUCCUAUAUUUCUUCAUGUGUGUGGGCGGAGAAUCUGUAUAAAGAGAGGUUGGGCACAGAGAGAGACUUCACAACAGCAUCCUCUGACAGUUGCAAACAUUCUCCUGAAAGGAUUAAGAUAAUUUAUCCAGCCGAAAUAUGAAGCUCGCCACAGUCUCCUCCGUCCUCCGUCCAGCAGCCGCCCUGCUCGUCAUGCUGCCGCUGCUCCUGAUUGGCUGGGCCGAGCAGGCAGCGGCGCUCCCUGUCGACCGGCCGCUCAGCCAGCCGCUGCAAAACCAGGAGACGUACCAGGCUGUCCGCGACAUAUCACAACACGCUCAGGGUGAGCAGACGGAGGACGACUCCAGCACCAGACUGAUGCCCCGAGUCAACGCUAACCAGGACCACCUGAAGAUCUGCUGCCUCCACGCCAACAUCCUCGACUACUACCUGAACAACGUCCUGCGUCACCGCGACAACGUACAUCCCAGCAUGCACCGGCUGAAGACCGACCUCACCCGCGUCAGCGAGGACCUGCAGACUCAAGGCUGUAACGUCACUCACUAUCACGACCAUCACCACGCUGUGGAGUUUCGCAAGAAGCUCACCAAGAUGGGGGGCGAGCGAGGUAUAAACAAAGCGUUGGGAGAGAUCGACAUCCUGUUCACCUACCUGCAGGACUUCUGCAUCCAGACGAAAAACGCCACCGCUAACGGCGCUAACUGACGCCUCGACUGUUUCAAAUGUUUCCACUGAACGCUCAGCAAACUGUUCAUCAUAUUUAUCAGCGACUUUUCCAUUUUAUACUUCUAUUUAUUAUGAAUGUAUUUAAUUUGAGGACCUAUUAUUUAACAAUUGUUUUUAUAGGAUAUUUAUAUUGACCUGAGUACAACGGAUUAGUUAUUGAUCUAUUUGUGGAUCAGAAAGUUUAAAAUGCCGGAGCCGAGAGGCGCCUGGUGUUGCUUGUGUUGCCAUGUUAUGGCUGAUUGUUAUGAAGACACCGAUACAGUAUUACAUGUUUCACUAUGUGCUGAAGGAACUGAGUGUUACACGACUUGAAAAGAAAUAAAGUUUGGUUUUGAAUAUGAA